AUGGCAAACGACACCUACCUAACCGAUGACUAUGUCGCCAACCUUCUAGCUCAAGAUGCCAAAGCUAGUUCUAUAAAAUAUUCUUCCAUGGGUCUGGAAGCAUAUGCCAAAGAAUCUAAACCUCCACCCAAUAAACCAAAACCCAAUACCCGUUUUCUACGCAAUAUUAUUAGAGAUACGGAUAAUCAUAAUAGCGCAUUAUUGGCUAAAGAGGUAGCAGAAGCAAGAGCUAGAUUAGAAGGUUUAUCGAAUGGUGGGAGAGAAAGGAAGGUGGAAAGUAAAGUUGCGCCGGGAGAUAUUAGAAGGAGACAAUUGGGAGAUAUUAAGGCGAUUCUUGGAGGACCAGUAAAGAGGAAACGGGAGGAGUCUGGGAGGGAAAGUGAGGGGAAGAGGGAUUUAUUACGUUCAAAAGAGAGGACGGGGGCGGAAAAUACGAAGAGUCGAAAAUUGAGAGAUGGGGAGGAUAGUGAUCAUCGAAGUCGCAGGAAGGAUAUAGAUAUUUCUGCCGAAUUAAUAGGUCAUCGGAGGAGAGAAUCAAGACGCAUAGAAGGUGGAAGAGGGGAUGAAGAACUUGAUGGUGAUAAACGAAGAUCUAAGGAUAGGCGGAGAAAAUAUCAUGAUGACUCAGAGGAAGAAGACAAUAAAUCACGGCGGAGAGAACAUAGGCGAAGAAGUACAUCCGAGGAUAGAGAGCGCACAAAGGAUGAUAGGAGGAGACACAGGGAAAGAUCACUUUCACCUAGAGAACAUCGAAGUAAAGAAUCGAGUUAUAGGGAAAGAGAUCGCUCACCCCAUCGCAGCCGAAAACGCUCCCUCUCGCCAACCUCAGAAGGCAAAGAAAGAUCAUCACAUCAACCACAUAAAUAUUCUUCCUCACGCGAAAAACAACAUCCGGACCGAGAGGCAGAACAAUCAUCCGAUUCUGACCCCCUAGACUCAAUAAUCGGGCCCCGUCCAGCCCAUGAAAAACAACCCCUUCGAAUCCGUGGUCGUGGCGCUACUUCCCUUGGCUCAACAUCAAUAAUGGAUUCUCGAUUUCACGCAGACUAUGAUCCAAAAAGUGACGUACAACUUGAAGAUACUCUUCAAGGAGAAGGAGAAGAUUGGGAUCAAGCACUCGAAGCAUUACGCGAUCGACAGAAAUGGAAAAUGCAGGGUGCAAAUAGAUUAAGAGAUGCAGGAUUCUCGGAAGAGGAAGUUAAGAAGUGGGAGAAAGGAGGUGAGAAAAAAGAAGAGGAUGUUAAAUGGAGGGGGAAAGGGGAGGGGAGGGAAUGGGAUAGAGGGAAGGUGGUUAGAGGGGAUGGGGAAGUGGCAUUCGAAACUGGAUGGGGUAAAGGUGCAACGAGCGAGGGAAAUUCAAAUCAGGCUUUGGAUUUUGGGAGGUUAAAAUAG